CUAAUACCGGUUUGAACUCUGGACACUGCAUGAGGAUCGGUGACAGAGCUCCGGGUCCCAGUCAAACAGGGACUGAAAACUCUUGCAGGAGGAACCAACUCCGACAACGGAACCAACUCCUGCAACGUCUCCACUUUCGAAAGUUUAGAGUCGCUGCGCUGUUGUGGGCACAUCAUUGAUCAUCAGUCGGAUUCUGGAACAUCUCAUGUAGACGUCCCCUCGCCAUUUCGGUAUGCAGCAGGGAGUAUUUGACGGCCCCAUUUUCCAAAUGAGCGUCCGCAUCAGGAUCUAGCCUCUAGGAGGGUUAGGUGGACUGCCCAUCAGACGAGCAUGACCUUGUGAAUCGCUGCAGAUGGUCUCAACACCAAAAGACAUCCUCUGCAACUAGAAUGACCUGCGGCAGAUGGUCUCAGAACCAGAACCUUUGAAAAUUUAAAUGUGGUGCGAUUAAAGGAGGAAAGAAUGGCGGGCAGGGGCACUUCUAGAAGGUUCUCUGUGUCCGGGUUGCUUGUGGAUGGCGAUCUGAUCGACCUAGACCAGCCUGCUGAGUCGAUGUUGCUCAAGGGAGAUGGGUUUCUGAUGGACUCUGAUCUUGACACCGAGAUCUUCAAGGCCUCCCCUCCGAAACCCAGUGUUGAAGCACCGAUGCAAGUCCAUAAGAAAGAUGAGUCGCCUGUAGAGACCAAGACAAAGAGGAGGCGGAACAAGAUGCGUAGCAGCAUGGCAUGGGACCAGGCUUUCCAAGUCGAUGAGGACGCUCUUUUCCUCCGAGAUCCCUUGGACCCCCCGCUUGCGCCCGAGCCUCCGGCACCCCCCCGGACCACCAAGCGUCCAACGGCUAUCGACGUCCCCACGCGCAAGAGCUUCCAGGAUACAGAAGCGCGGCCCCCCUUGCGGGCCCGCACUCCAGAUCCCACGCCCUUUGCGGAGCUACAGAACAACACGCCGAUCCCGGAUGCGGAGCCGUCUCCAGUGCAGCAGCAGAGUGGGGGGAAGAGGAGGAAGGAGGCGGUGCAGGAGAGCAUGGCCUGGAACAGGGCCUUCCAGGAGGAGAACCAAGGAGCGCUCCUGACCGACGAUCUGCCCUUGGCCGAGUCGCCCGUGCUGCCUACCCGGAAAAAGAGCCCGAGAAAGGGCAUGGAAUUGCAGGAGUCGAGCGACAGCUGUACUAACAGUAUGAGCCGCAGCCGCCAGAAAGUCAACCGGUCAAGCAUGGCUUGGGACACGGCCUUCCGAUCGGGGGAAGGUGUGCUUGAUAUAGAAAACGUGGCGCAGUCCAGCGAAGCCCGGGUGGCCCGUUCUUCGGACCAAGUAUCGCAGAGCGUGUACUCCUCCGUCGAGUCCCUGAACACCGAAGCCUCGACGUCCUCGCUUGCCUGGACUGCUCCUGAAGACGAGGCCGAAAGCGGAGGAGGAAUGGGCGCCAGACUGCAGAGCAGUUUGGGAGGAGGGCUUGUUGGGCACGUCAUCGAGAAGACCUCGACCCCGGUCAAACACACGCCGACUAAGGGCGAGCGGCGCCGCAGGCUGGCGGGCCUCCACCGGCCCACGUCGACAGCUGUCGCCAUCGAGACCGCCAUCCAGCACGGCACGCGGCUGCGCCUCCCUGGCCGGUACAACCCAAACCCCCUCCCGCCCCCGCGGUCCAAACCCAAGACCCCCGAACCCGCGUCAAAGCCCAGCAACCAAAGCCCUCGCCCGGAAAAGUCGCCGAAGAAUAAGAUGAGCGGGUCAACUAGUAAGGAGUCGGUACAAGCGAAGACAGUAACGGACGCUGUAAAGAAGUCUUUGGAGACGGAAGGCGAGGGCUCAGGUACCGAGAAACCGGGUUCGAGCGCCGGGAAACCCGGUUCCGAGCAGGGUAUGGGCCCUCAAGAGUUGGGUUUGUUCGAGGCGCUACAGGCUCAGCUGGCGGCGACCCAGAAGGAGCGCGACGCGCUGAAGGCGGAGCUCGAGGCGUCGACGGUAGAGCGCAAGUCACCGAGAGAUGAGCGCUCGCAGACACCGGGAGAGCAUAUAAACCCGGACGGCGGGGAGUCGGUAAGAACUCCGGGGACAGAACGGAACGACGGAACGCGGGCAGCAGCGGAACUGGCCGGUCCGGUUGAGGGACACACGGCAUCGGGGCUCCGCCGCCCACAAACGCGAUCAACCACUGGAGCGCUGCCACGCGGCAGCAUUCCGCAGCCGGCAGGGUCGGCCCACAGUCGGGCCCGGGGUUCGCUGAAAGACAGCGGAAACGGAAACGGAACCGUUCAGACGGAAGAGACAGCCCCGAGCGCUUUGGCUCCCGGUGUGCGCCCGUCCUUUUUGAAAAAGCCCACGGCCAAGCGUGAUUUUUUCCAAGCACCCACAACCGCCACGCUGCAAUCGCCCGCCCAGAAAAGCGCCAUAGGUUCCGCGCCGGUCGCAUCCCCUGCCCGGCACUCUAGAGCUUCCGGGGGCGCAGGCACCGGUGCACAUUCGGCGACGGAAGCGCUAAAGGUCCCUUCCCUGCGGAGGGGCGCGACCGUUGGAGCUGCCGACGGCGCAAGCGCAAAACCAUCACCCGUUCCGGCGACCACAAAACCUGCCCUAAAGCCCCAAAGCUCUGACAGUUCCCAAAGUGCGCUUCCCCGCUACCAAUCACUCCUGCGAAAGCCCUCCGCAACCGGACAGUCCCGGACGCUCAAGCCCGGCGCGUUCAGUACGUCCGCCAUCCAGGCUGCGUGCGUCGUUCCCCUCCCCUCGUCCCCGGCCGGCAAACUAGACGUGGCGUCCCCGUCCCCCGCGAAAAGGCUGGGCGCCCGCAGGCUCCCCGGCGUUUCCUCCCCGGCCUCGUCUCGCCUCCGCCGGUCGGCCGACAAACCGGUCACUGCUUCCAGCACGGGGGAAACAGCACGAACGCCCCAAAAUGGCGCUGACGUCACAAAGACGGCUCCCCAGGGGGAUCCCCCGAUCGCGAACGCUUUCUUGAGCAAGCUGGCGGCUGCGAGCGGGGGCCUGAGCAGGAUCCCCUCCCUCGGGACGUCGCGCCUCAAGCCCCCCGGCGCGAAGGCCCCGGGCGUGACGUCAGCACUGCCCCGCCCGUCGGUCAUCGACCCCGCGCUCGUCGCCGCUGCAUGCGCGGCUCCGCUCCCGGGCUCGCCCAAACAUUCCAACCCCGUGCCUCUGCUGCCACGUGGCACCUCAGUUGCUGCCCUGAAGGUGACGUCAGCACUGCCCCGCCCGUCGGUCAUCGACUCCGCGCUCGUCGCUGCGGCGUGCGCGGCUCCGCUCCCGGGCUCGCCGAAACCCUCCAAAUCCGGGCCCCUGCGGCCACGUGGCACCUCGGAAGCUCCGGAGGCGCCACCUGGUGCCACGCAGUCUACUUCGGCCGGCGUUUCGAAGCUUCCCAUGCCGCCGAGCCGCUCGCUUUUGCGCCCGCCUUCCAGCGGGGCUGCCGCGUUGAUCCGGGCGGCUUGCGUGGUGCCCCUGCCGCUGUCCCCGAGGAACUCAAAGACCCCAGAACCGUCUCCGAGCCCCUCGGAAGGCUUCCCCAAAAUGGACACAACUCUAAAGUGCCCGGCUGGUAUCUCUACAGACAGGGAGAAGGCGGCGAAAGGCAGCCUCUCAUCAAGUGACGACAAGCGGGAUGCACCACCCACAGAACCCGAAGACACGUGUCCUUCGUCGGAGUCCUCGUUUGCAGAACCCGCCCCCGCACGCGACAGCCCCGCCGGGAGAGAUCUCGUUGCUAAGGAAACGAUCCCGAAAGCUCCGGUCCCGUGCUCGGUGAACCGGACCCCCCGAUCUCCCCCGACAGCAAGCGAACGCAAAGCGAACACUCCCUCAGAAGCUCCCAACAGUUUCUCGGAAGCUUCCGACGAGGAACCGGCUGGCAGCGUCUCAUUCCCGUCCCUCCAAUUGCCCCCCGACUCGUGUUCUCACACUCGGCGGUUCAGCAAAAAGCCCAACCUGCCCACGAUCUACUCCCCAGCUAGGGGCCUGUUCACACCAGAGGCGCAGGAGGGCGACCGCGAGGGUGAGAAUCGGCGGCCCAGGUCGCCGGUGGCUAGGGCCCUGUUCGCAAGCAAGCUGGGCAAGGCCGCUCGGGUGCACAGGGAAGUGGAAGACGAGGGGUCCGCUCCGGCCGGUGUGGAGGAUAGAAUUCCGGUCACCUUGGCUGGCGGGGUUCCGGCCACUGUGGAGGACGGAACUCCGGUCACUUCGAUUGACGAAAGUCCAGCCGGUGCUAUGGGGGGGAUGUCUGACGGUUCGGAAAACCGAAUUGUGGGGGAGGAAGCGCCGGUCGGUCCAGAGAGCGGACUUCCGGUGUGUCAAGCGGGCGGAAUGGAAAACGGAACGGAAGACGGCCUUGAAGAAAGCGGAUUCGAUAAGGAGGGUUCCAGGCUUGAGAGGAAAAAGGACGAAGUUCAGAAAGAGCUGUCGGGAAGUGAGCAGUCACUGGGGGAAGAAACCGGAGUGAUUUCCGACCGGUUCCGAAGCUACUCCCUGGGGGCCAGUGAGCCGUCCGUGAUCAAGCCGGACCAGCAGCCAAUAGAAGAGAGCCCGGGGGAUGGAACCGACUCCCUUGCCGAGGCAGUAAUCGAGUCGCAGAGCUACUCCAAGGAAAGCGAGCAGCCGUCGGUCACUCCGUUGGCAGAGUGCUCGGUGACUGAGCCGGAGCCAACGGAAGAGUGCCCGGCGGAACAAACCGAGUCGCUUCCCGAGCCAGGAACUGAGCCGCAGACCUACUCCGGGAAAACCGACCAGCCGUCGGUACCUCCGAUGGUAAAGAGCCCGGUAGAAAAUCCCGAGCAGGUGGAACAGCCCGGUGUGAUCCCGAGCACAACGACUGUUCCUGCUCUAGUUGCGGAAGCCGGUUCUUGUGACGGGGAGCCGGCGGCGGAUUCUGGUCAGGGGCUAGCGGAUCAGGCUGUGACCGUUUCCGUUUUCUGUGAUCGAGAACCGGCGGGUUCUGGUCACGGGUUAGCCGAGGAGGCAGUAACGAAAACCGAGCCGGCCGUUGGGGCAGCUUUUGACCAAAACGCGGGGGCUACUUCUGGGGAAAACGGUUCUCGUCCGACGAAGCUGGCCGCUGUCAAUCAGCAGGAUUCGGGCGUUUCUAAUCAGAGGGAGCUGAGCGUGUCCACAGAGGGGGGGUCGACUUCCGCCAAGGAGGUGCAGGCGGUUCCGGUUCCGGAGCUCCGGGCGAUAUCGGUCGAAGCCCCGGAGUCGCCAACCCCGGAAACGCCUUCUCAGGGGGUGGCUUCCAUCAGUGAGCGUCGUUCCGUUCAGGAGGCGUCCGUCGUUCCGGAUCAGGGCAUGCCGGAUGUGCCCACUGAGCAGUUGCCAGCUGUCCCCAGUCAAGAGAGCCCAAUUUCUAUCAACCAGGGGGCGCCAGAUGCGUCAAGUCACGAGGUUCCGGCCGUUGCUGAACCGGAGAAGCCGACGGCCAGACCGGAAAAGCCCAGCGAACCGGAAGGGAUCCCUCCGCUUGGAGAGGCGACCAGCGGCGGGACAGCGGGCACUGAACGGGAAAGGAUCCCCCCGCCUGAGAAAGCGCCCGUUCCGGCGGCGGUCAGCGGCGGAAAUCCGGGCCUCUUCGCCAGGAUGCGCGCGCGCCAGGCUGCCGUCGAGGCACUGCUAGACAGCCCCGUGAAACUGCAGCCCAGCCCCGUCCCGAAGAGUAUUGUGGCCGGGCGGCUUGAGUGCCCGGUAGAUAUCCCCGGGGAGCAGACGAAGCAACCAGGGGACGAGCUGGAGCAAGCGGAGGGUGGGGCGGAAAAGGGGACGGAAGAUAUAGUUGAAAGUGGAAAGAAAGAGGAAGAACAGGGCGUGAAAAGAACGGUGAGUGGAGAGAAUGAGGAAGAAAAGGACGGGGAGAAGCAACCGGGACUCGAGCAGGAGAGAGAGGACGAGCAGACGGGAGUCCGAACCGGCCAGAAGGAAGAGCAACCGAGCGGUGGGCCGGAAGAGAUGGAGCAACUAGAAGCGGGGGAGAAAGGAAACGAAGCGGGAAGCCAACCGGGGGCCGGUUCGCCGCAGGACACAGACGACUCGCAUGACGGAGAACGGGUAAUGAGCGAGCCUGACCGAGCGGGACGGGGGAAAGCGGAAGCGGAAGGGGCUGACGGUGGGCUGCAAAAUGAGGCGGUCUCUUCGUCGGUGAUCGAAACUUCGCUUCUCGAUACCGACGAUUCAAAGUGCGGACUGUCAGCUAAAGACUCGAGAGACAUGGUUACGGUUCUGAAAGCACGAGAGGAGAAAGCAUUCAGUCCGGUUCCGUCUCCUGGGGUAAAAAGUCCGGUGAGUGCGGCGUGGGAGGAGGCCUGGUUCGGCACCCCGCUCAGUAAGGCUGGCGGAAACAAACCGCGAACGGAAAGGGGAACUGAACCGGCAGCCGGCACAGGGAGAGCGUGUCUCACCGAAGAGACGGAGCAGAGCCCGGAAGAAGAAACCGAGGGAAAGGAAACAGGUGGCAAGACCCAGGGCACAUUUGACGAAGACGCAGCGUCGGUGUCGACGGACUCUUCCGUUGGUGCUGACGUCAGCAUCCGCAACGAUGACGUUUGCGGCGGCGGUGAUGACGUCAGUUCAGCAGUGAGUGCGUUCGGAGUUGACCGGGCCCCGGUUGCGCAGAACGCUGACGCCCUUCUCACGGAGGCCCUGUCAGCGGGCGGGUUCACACCGAGGGCCUCGCCAGCGCGCGGCGGCCGCGGCUCCGGCCGCAAACCCUCCCCCAAAACCCCGGAUCCGGUCCUCUCCCUAGCAAUUCCGCCGUUCGUAAGCCCCCAGACUCCGGUCGCGGAACCGCGGCAAACGUUGGAGAGCCAAUUUGAAGAUGAGGCCGGAAAAGGCGAAAUGGACGCGCAGUGGGACGCGUGUGUGGCGCGGUUCGGGGGGAGGAAGCGUACCUCACCGGCGAGCCUGCCGCGCGGCCCCUCGGGGAGGAGGACGCCGACGCGGCACUCGGCGGAGGACCUGUGGAGCUACCUGGCCCCUGGCCGCGGCGGCUCUCCCCGUCUUACCCAAACCCGGGUCGCUUCCCCGGUCUCCGUCCUGACCCGCACUCCCGGCCGCUUGAGGAACCCCCUGAGCGAGUCGGCCCCCGGACUGGCGGGCCUCAUGCAGUCGGUCAUGAAUGCGAGUGCCCGGAAGGAGGAGAAACCGGGUGCUUUUGGCGCGAGCAGCAGCCCGGUUGCGAGACCCCGGGGAAUGGCGUCAGCGAGAAGGAAGAAGCCGGUGCUGAGCCCGGUGAACGUCAGCUGGGACGGGGACGAGCUGGACGCGCGCAUCCGGGCGAUUGAAGCCGCGGGGGAGGAUGCUCUGGCGACAAAGUCUGGUCGUGUACAAGCGUCCCCACCCGACAAGAAGGAGGAAGCGCCCGCCAACCCGUACUCGCCGGUGAAGAAGAAAGAGUGCGGGCCCUUUGACUGUACCAAGAAGAGUGCCAGCUUUUGAUAAGGAUUAGCAGAUUAGCAGAGUCCCUUUGACACUCCUUCGAAGCGCCGGAUCGCAAGUCCUUUCUCGGUUACAGGCUGUAGAGUAGGGUGCGGCGAAUAGCAAUCGCUUUCUGUGAAUAAGAAACAGUGAGAGUGCAAAGUGCAAGACGGAUUCGGGCAAAGAUUGAUGACCAUAUGCCUGAUAACCGAGCAAAGGCGCAAUGUAUCGGCUAGCUUGUCUUCGAUUGCAAGAUGCUUGGC